AUGAGCGCGCCAGACUUUCACCUGGGCAAUGAGCCAUCCUCGACUAGUGAAUAUCAAAUGCACGAGGACGAGGCGAUUGGUAUUGAUGUAUUAGCAUCAGCAUUUGCGCACCCCGGCGUACGCGCGCAAAACUACCGGCUCUCGCGCGAAGAAAUGCUCAAGGGACUUGCAAAUCGCUUCGUGCAUUCAACGACCUAUAUGUACUUGUAUGCCACUAUGGGUUUCUUAUCUCUACUCACCGUUGUUCUCUCUCUGUCUUGGACAUGCCCUGGACCCGCAUUUUAUAUAUUGGAACUGAUUGUCAACGUCGCGCUGGUCGCCGAGGUCGCCGUGCGCUUUGUCGCAUUCGGCAAGCAUUUCUGGAAAUCGGCGUUCAACAUUGUUGAUCUGUGCCUCGUUGCAAUGUGCAUCCUCACACUGGUGUUUGUAUUCUUUGGGCACGGGUGUUCGCCUUACGCCAAAGGUGCGAAGCGCCGCGAAGAACUGUUGGACAGCUUGCUGCUCAUUACACGCAACGUAAUUCAAUGUAUCCGCCUUGUUUCUGUUGUGCGACGCAGUGGGUAUAAUGUCGCUCGCCGUGUGACAGCGAUCGACUUGGACGACGUGCAUGACUUCAACCUUGAUAUGGAUCUAGAGGAAGAGUCGUCGCUUGUUCAACAACGCAUGCGGGACGGCGGCGACACGCGUGGCGCCGAAAUUGGAUGGAUUCCGCGCGUGGCGCCGCAGCAAGCACGCUCCAAAGAUACCAUUAUUGCUAUAGAGACGACGUAUGACGAUGGGGAACUCUAG